GGUAACUGCAUACAACUGAUAGACUUGGAAGAUCUACGCGAACCUUUGGAAAGAGUCCAGGCACGAGCGGCUCUUCACGCGUUGCCCAAAUCUUCCAGCCGCCCAAAGACGAAGCGAAAGCGUCUCAAAAAUGCUUAUGUCUCAUCAACACGGGUCCCGGGUUCGCGGGAGCCGGGGUUGUCUCACUGCCACUCGCCCCCGGCCCUGCCGCGUGACGGUGUGUGCUCGCGCUAGCACCAGCGAGCCCGAGACCAGGGUCAACCGCGUUGUACCUAUUCCUGACGGCCCGGCGCAACAAGCACAGCAAGCGGCUCAGGCAAUCGAGGCGGCCUGGCGCGACGGCGUGAAGCGGCAGCGGUUGGAGCUGAGCCUGCCGCUGAUAGGAGCCACGGACCUGGACGACUGGCCGGGCGGCAUCCGCCAGCAGUUUAAGGCCGCGCAGCCGAUGGUUGAGUCCAUUCUGCGCACCGUGAAGCAGGUGGAGGGGCUGCAGGGGCCCCUGGCCGCCAACAUCUGGGACCAGGGCGACGCCGUGGGCGCCUGGACCGGCAAGAACCUGGCGUGCGUGCUGUUCCCCACCGCCGCCACUCUGGACCGGUUGAACAAGCUGUGCAGCGGGCCGGAUGCGCCCGAGCUGGUGCUGAUCGUGAACCCGCAGUGGGAGACGCGCGGUAACCUUGUGUCGGACUUUGGCUUCGGCGCGCGCAAGGAGGCGGCGGAGCGCUUCAUCGCCGGCUUCACUGACACCUACAGCCUGCGGCCGCUGCGCGUGUACGGAGACAGCCUGCGGACGCUGCGCGCCUACCCCAACCGCUGGCAGGUGCACCUGAUCCAGGGUCGCAACACAUCGGAGUGCAUCGCCACGCGCGAGGCGGCGCCCAGCUACCAGGAGAUUGAGGCGCUGCUGCGGGACCGGCCCGACGCCAUGAUGAACAAGUCCAUCUUUGACCGCAUCCAGACGGAGUUCCGCUUCAACGAGGAGUCCCUGAAGCAGCAGCCGUAAACUGCCAGGAUUGGCAGGGGCGGUUAGAUGUGUGGAGCGGCGGCGAGGCAGCAGCGGCAGGCCCUUCAAGAGAGACGCGCUAGCAGGCAGCACGGCGCAGGAGCCCGCCAGGGGCAGCGCAGCGAGGUGCAGGAGCUCUGUGGCCUGGGGCACAGAUGCUUGGCAGGCUGAGUCCCAAGGAGCGGUGUCUGUGGGAACGUCAAGCAGGCGUGUCUUGGUUGGCGGGUCAGCCAGCAAGAGGUUGGCGUGCCGUACGGUGCCGUGUGUGGUGUUCCCGCCGGCUGUGGGCAUAUGGGACACAGCUGUAGUGUAGCCGGAGGGCGGCCGUGUCUGGUUGGCACCGUCAGUACGUGCAAGCCGGCUGGAGCUCUGGUGCGGGCAUCCGUGGGAGCUCACAACUCUGCACUGUGUGGCGCCUGCGGUCGGCUGUGGGGGCUGCUGCGCUUGCACUCGCGCCGGAAGUUUUGAACAGUGACUACGGUUGGUUUUACGAGUUUGUUGUUUUGGAGAAUGGCUUUUUGGGUUCUGUGAGCUGAGGUCAGCUUGCAGUCACAGUUUAGUGGUUAAUGUAUGCUGGUUUAUGGCCAGGGUUGCACGAGGCGCACAGGACGUGUUUGCAAAGCAAGAAGGUGUGCGGCCUGGGCAUCCCGGCUGAUUUAUUCGCUGCGCGAGUCGUGUCACGCCGCAUGCGGCAGUCAUGGUAUGCACGUAUUGACGUAAGACGGGAGGGCGAAGAGGUAGUUAGCUGCUAGGGUGAGGGUCGGUUUCCAAGGGGGGACGGUGAGAAGCCUCGAUGCGAGAGUGGCGCCAAUCGGCUGGCAAGGGGCACAGACCCUGCGUUGCAGGCUCUCGGCCCUAUGCAUUUUGCCGAAGCGCAAAGCCCAAUGAGAGAGAGAAUCGGAAGAGAGAUGCGCGAGCAACAAGAGACCCCACGCGGAGCCUUCAAAAUAACAGAGAGCUGCGAGGCAACAGGAGGGUUCGAUAGAUGCAGACGAGGGGCGUAGAAAUUGUGUGCGCCCCUACACAAUACCAGGUCGGGCGUUGACGCAUUUCAUGUUUGUGAGCCAUGGCGUGGCGUGCCAUCAUACCACAACAGGGUAUACAAAUGUAACACUGGUGUUCG